GCCUUUGCUUCCCUCGAGUCAAAUAACCAGCUGAUAUACGCAGUUUCACUAUACCCCAGAUAGCUCCUCCUUCUUAGCACUGGCACCUGCCCAUGGAAUACUACUCCUCGCUUGACUCACGCGCGUUAGACGCGGAAACGCCCACGCUCUUCGAGAUCAUUUCGGCAAACCAGCUCGAAAAGCUCUUGUCACCGUCGAUUCGUUUUGUUCUCGUCUACUACACACAGAAGUAUCCGCGCUACCUUCUCCAGCUCACGAACCGCUUUGACGAGCUCAACUUGCUUGUGCGUGGUAUCAUCGAACACCGCCAGUUAACCCAUUGGAACUCCACCUUUACCGAAAAAUUCUACGGCUUGAAACGUGUGUUUAAUGCCGGUAGCCAUGGCGGAUUGGAGUUAAAACGUGGCAUCACAACCGUACCGCAGAUGAUUGAGGAGCGCAGACGGCUCAGGCCCGGCCAGAUCUGGGGCUCGCUCUUUAUGCUACUCGGGAUGCCGUACCUCAAGGAAAGGCUCGAUAUCGCGUACGAAAAGCUCUUGCCACAAUACUUGAUGAACAAUCUCUCUGCUAAAGGCACCACUGGGGUGGAAAGAUGGAAGCUUCUCCUUAAGCUCUACUUCAUGAAGGUAUACCCCGCGGUGUCUGCGCUCUUUACCGGGGUCAACGUUUUGCUCCAGAUCCUCUACUUGUCCGGAAAGAUCAAGUCUCCGUCCUUGGGCACAUACCUUCUCAAUAUCAAGUACGCGCGGCUAAACAGCUAUGAUUACGACUUGGACGAGAAGCGAAACGAAGGGCCUGCCAAACCGAAACAGACGGAAUUCAGAAUUAGACCGCCAUCGUCGGGAGAGAGGCUUUCCGAAACUGUCGCCAGACUCUCCCUGCCAGUGAAGAAAUCGGCCAUGCUUGUCACAGGCACCGCCUUCCCGGCAGCCAUCUUCAUGUUAAAGUUCUUGGAAUGGUGGAACUCCUCCGAUUUUGCCUCCAAGGUCUCUAAGCAGCAGCGCAAUGUGCUUGACGAGGAUGUGCCGGCGCCAGCAAAUGCACCUGGAAAGAGAAAGGCCACGGACGUGUGUCCGAUCUGUCGUGAGCAGAUCAGCAACCCGGCAGCGAUUGAAACGGGCCAUGUUUUCUGCUACACAUGCAUCUACAGCCAUCUUUCGGAAGGAAAGUCCAAGGGGCGGUGUCCCGUCUCGGGCAUCCGCUUGCUCGGGUGCACGUACGACGAGAACACCGACACGUGGAAGGUUGAGGGUGUGAGACGGUUGAUGGUUUAGUAAUGAAUUAAAGUGGGCGUGAGACAGCUGAUGAUUUAGUAAUGAACUAAAGUGGGCGUGAGACUGUUGCUGAUUUAGUAAUGAAUUAAAGAGGGCGUAAUUGUAACAGAAGAAGAGUAUGAGGCUAGUUGAUAGGAAGUAUCCUGGGAAAAUUUACUUGGACAUAGAGAACAUCUCUUUUCAUCCAUCUAAUGGGCGUGUGGCGUAGUUGGUAGCGCGUUCGCUUAGCAUGUGAAAGGUCUCGGGUUCGACUCCUGACUCGUCCAU